AUGUCCCCGCUGCCAACGCGCACGGAUCGGUCUCGUCGGACACCUUCGGACCCUAUGCUCUCUCAACUCGGCAACGUCUACCUCUUCUCCCACUCUCGCUCCUGUCGCAGACCCGGCGCCGAACGUCACCCCCGUCACAGUCUCUUCCCCGCCACCACCACCAUCCGCCUUGCCUUAACCCCUGCAUCGCCACCACCACCACCACCACAACUGCCAGGUCUUCAUGCACUCUCCCCAACAACCGGAAUACGCUUGAUGUCCCGUCACCUUCUGCCAUCACCACCAGCGCUCCCGCCUCCAGCGAUGCGGACUCGGUUCAUAUCUAUCCCGAUUGCGACCGAAUAUUCCGCUCGCACUUCGGCCUGGUCGAUCACUGGCAAAUCCAUCGCACGGAGACUGGCGAACCAGUGCCUUGCGCACCAAACUACGCUCAUCAUACCCGCCUCAACUGCCCUCACAGCCCCCGUACAUUCGCUCAUCACAGGGGCUUACUUGGCCAUAUGCGCAUUCACGAAAACCUGCGAUAGAUGA